UACACGCGUGUUUCGUGCUCGAGUUCGGGUCGCGUGAGUUCCUGCAAAGUGCAACACACAUUCGUCGUAUUCGUUUGUGUACGCGAAUCCUUGCGCUGAGUUCCGCUUUCGGCCAGUAAUUUUUUGGAGCAUGAAGUCGGGCUGAGUAGCACUUUGUCCCGUCAGUCAACGGUUGGGACUGCUCCUCGGCGGAAGUGGUUGCAGUGGGUGCGUUAUCAGUCUCGGGGUUCGUUUGAGUGUUGGUGAAGUGCUUCCAGGAUUAGCAAAGAAACUGGAUAAUUAGCUUGUGAGGGGUGAAAAAGAGAGUGCUAAAACACAGCUUUCCCCGUAAAGCAAUCGAUUGAAGGUUUCGUGAAGAAUCAAGUGCUCAUUAAUAUUAAUAUCUCGUUGAUAGAGUAAUCGUCCUGCUCGUCCUUGCACCUUGUUGAACACUUCCGUGUGUUUGUGCGCCUGAGUGUGCGUCCCAGUGAAAGUCCUUCAGAGUACAAGGCAAACAAAGGAAGCAGACCCCCGCCUCAACGCGCACUCGGUUGCGUGCGCUACCAGCCCCCGGAACUCGGCUCGUGAAAGUGAAACCCCGGAGGGGCUCGUCAGGAUGUCCAGCGUUCAGCUGUACAAGUCACGCACGUUCGUGCUCAUUUGGCACCUGAUUGCCAUCAGCCAGUACUACUAUGCUAUCUACUUUGAUCGGUACUUUGUGAAGAUUCCCAACGAUCUGGCCAUCCCCAAGAUGAUGCGGCCCGGAGAAUUCGGUGGACGGACCAAGUUUUUAACCUACUGGUGCCUGAUCCUGCAAGCCAUCUACUUCACGGUGUGUCUCAUAAACGACUUUAUCGGCACCAAUGAGGUGGCCCCGCGCAAGACUCCCCUCAUCCGGAAGCUCAAGGACUACAUGCUGGCCGCGUUCGCGUUCCCGGUGGCGCUGAACGUCGGCGUGACCUUCUGGACGCUGAUGGCCAUCGACCGGGAGCUGGUGUUUCCGAAGGCACUGGACGCGGUCUUCCCGGGUUGGCUGAACCAUGUGAUGCACACGAACAUUGUGAUCUUUAUGAUCCUGGAGAUUUGCACCAGCUUCCGGCAGUAUCCGUCGCGCAAGGCCGGCCUCACCGGGCUCGGCAUCUUUAUGGCCAGCUAUCUGGGGUGGCUGCACGUGAUCCGUCACUUUGGCGGCAUCUGGGUGUAUCCGGUGCUGGACGUGCUGAACCUGCCCCAGCGCAUCAUUUUCUUCGUGGUUAGCCUGGGAUUCUCCGUGGGGCUGUACCUGUUUGGGGAGUUCUUCAACAACCUCAUCUGGACCAAAGAACUGAAGCAACUCAAGACCGCCCAAGGCGCCAGUAAGAAGUCCAAAUAAGUCCCCGGGUCAUGUUCUCGUUGUGUUGAAGCGUUUUGACGGCUGGCUGACGAGAAAUAAAAAGCCUUCAGCUGGCAUUUCCAUGUUUAGUUUUUAUGUUGGUUCGUACCUCUCUCAAAAAAAGGUUUGAGAAAUAAAAUAACCUUCAUUUUGGUUUAUUAACUAAUUUUAAUCCAUCAUCUGUGAUUUGUGCAGACUAAUACCACAUACCCGGAUGAUCUAGCUAGUAAUUGGCUCUCAAUUAAGAUAAGAAAAGUUUAACAAUUCCAUAUUUCAUCUAGAAAACAUGCAAUUGGUCCAACUGGCGGAAGGAGUCGAUUAAAAACAGGACACUUGUCUUCUUCAUCAAAGUGUAUGAAAUGUUUAGCUUAACAUUUAAGUGCUGAAUAAAGGAAGGAGUCAAAUACAGAACAUUACAGAGUGAAAGACGUUAAAGUUGAACUAAUCGCAAACUUGCAGGUUGCUGCAAAUUCCAAUACUGGAAAUUUGGCAAGUUCAUAGUAUUUUAGAAGCUCUAGAAUUAAUCUAGUAAAAAGAGGAAACAGAACGACAAAAACUAAAAGAAUGAGAAGAUGUGCAAGUUUGAGAUUAGACUACUUUGACGAAUGCAAAUCGAACAGAAUCGAGCACCAGCGCCAAAUCGGCAUUAAUUUCCGCUCCAGCUGUAGCACUCCUCAAUCAUUGCAUUUUUUUUUAAAUAGAAACAUUUAGAAAAACAGCAUUUAGCAAAUCAUUAGACCAAGCAGUUAGCGAAGACCAAAGUCGAUAUUCUAAACGAACACCAUGCUAUUUUGGAUGUUGGUUGAGAACCACCCCUGUGUAUUUCGGGGCCGUAAGUGUGCGUCGUGUGUCAUUGCAGCACUGUAGGUAGAAUUGUCCCCACCCCAAUCCCGGUAGAGACCAUUUUUUGGGCCUUUCAUUUAGCGGCACGACACGGUGAGGGUGUUUUUUCAAAACGUAUUUAGGUGUUUCAAAGCAGUCAAAUUAGUAUUUAUCACGUCGUGUAACCGGCCAAUGGCAAUCGAGCAUCCGAUAUUUUUUUUAUUUCACAUUUAGGCGUCGGCGAUCAGAAUUGAGCUUGUAUUUACUAGAGAGAUAAAAAAGAAUCAAGAAAAAUUUACUUUUCCAACAGGUGUAAUUCAAGUAUGUAUUGUGAACGUAAUAAACUCUAAUUAAAUCAAACAUAGAA